CUGAGUGAUGUACAGAUUCUUUUCAUGAACUGAAUUCCCGGAAAGUGAAACUUCAUGGAGCUAAAGGGCUACUUUUAAACAGAGCAAAGUCAUUUCGUCAAAUAGGAAUUGUUUGAACCCACCCAUCUCCAACUAUCCAGCCCAGUGACUGCAUCUGAAAUUCAAGCAGAUACCAGUUCCCAACUUCUUGUCUGGGAUUCCUUGUUUACUGACAAAGUGAGGGCGACGCCGAGAUCACAGACAUCUCGGUGUGCAUUCAGUGUGAACUACACGGAGAAAUUCGCCCCCUCCACGGAAACAGUGCAGGAGAAAACCGAACACCAAAGACAAAAAAGUGACAUCGUGGGAGGAGCUACGACCCUCUGGCCCCUCCCCCCUUUCUGAGGAGGGUUCCCUGGAAUCACUGGGCAGUCAGACGGGGAAAGCAGUGAGAGACACAGAGGGAGGAUGGGAGGAGCCAGCUCCAGAGAUCAACGAGCUGAAACUUCAAACCGUUUAGAAGAUGAAUCUUCAAACUCUACAUCCUUCACUGAUGAAGAACUCACCAAACUCCAGUCUGAUUAUGACACGGGUGGAGUGGAAAAGGUUAAAACAGUGGUACAGCAGAAAGUAACUGAACUGGACAAUACAGAACUUAAUGUUGCAGUAACAGGACAAUCAGGUGUAGGGAAAUCUUCCUUAAUCAAUGCGAUGAGAGGACUUGGGUUAAAUGAUGAGGGAGCAGCUGAAGUUGGUAACACAGAAACCACAAAGAAGCCAACGAGAUACAAACAUCCCAACCUGCCGAAUGUUUGCUUCUGGGACCUGCCAGGAAUUGGAUCCACAGACUUGCCAGCGAAUAAAUACCUGAAGGAAAUGAAAUUUACAAAAUAUGAUUUUUUCAUUAUCAUCUCCGCCUGUCGAUUCACAGAAAAUGACACAAAACUUGCCAAAGAGAUCAAACGGCUCGGAAAGAAUUUCUAUUUUGUUCGAUCAAAAAUUGAUAAUGAUCUUGAUUCAAACAGAAAGGGAGGGAGGCAAUUUAAUGAAGAGGAAGAACUGGAGAAGAUCAGGAAUGACUGUGUCAGCAAGCUGCAAAAGGCUGGGAUCCCAUCACCCAGAGCGUUCCUGAUAUCAAACUUUGACCUGAAUCUGUAUGAUUUUAGUCUGUUAAAUAAAGCUCUGGAACAUGACCUUCCAAAUAUAAAGAAAAGUAUAUACAUCCUCGCCCUCCCAAUUAUCAGCUUGGAGAUUGUGGAGAAGAAAAGGAAAGAGCUAAGGAAACGAGUCUGGAUGCUGGCGACACUUUCUGGGGGAAUUGGGGCAGUGCCAGUUCCUGGAGUCUCCCUGGGCUGUGACAUUGGGAUAGUAAUUGGAGGAAUAAUACAUUUCCGUCAAUGUCUGGGUCUGAAUGAUUCAUCUCUUCAAAGUCUGGCUAAAAGGGCAGGGAAACCUGUGGAGGAUCUGAAAGCAGUGGUGACAACUCCCCUGGUCGGGGGGGAGAUAACCCUCGAUGUCAUAAACAGAUUGGCCUGGGGUGCUGCUGCUGCCACCAUUUCAGUAAUCGAGAUCACCCUUGACAUCAUCCCAGUGAUUGGUUCAAUCUUCGGAGCAGGGUCUUCGUUCCUUGUGACCUACAAACUGCUGAGUGAUGCACUGGAUGAUCUUACAGAGAGUGCACAGAAAGUGGUGACGGCUGCAUUUGGGACCGAAAAUGAUGCGAAAUGAACAUCAGUGCAGUGAGUGAAUACUGCAGCUGAUGGAUAAAUGGGAUCUAGCCCUAAAUACUGAUGAAAUUUUACUCGAAUAUCCCUUUGUGACUGAACUCAUUUGUGGAAAUAUUCCUUUCUCACAUCAAGGAAAUGUUAUUGCAGAACAGUAUCUUUUGCGAGGUGUACUAUAAGGAGAAUUUUACGUCUCCAAUUAAUUUCACAUGUUCCCUGAACAUAGGCUGCCCCUUCAUGAAAUACAAAUAAAAUAAGUGUUCCUUGUUUCUGGAAUCAUCCAGCACAGGAUGUAUCCAUUCAGCCCACCAUUCUUAUGGUAAGAGAUAUCUGUGCAUCCAUUUUGACGGUGAUGGAUUCAGUUCCAAUGUUCAGCUCCUUCUCUGUAAUGGUGUCUUCUAAAAUAUGACAACAGCAUUAUGACUGAGAUGGACCCUUACAGAAAGAAAACUCACUGGGGUUGUGUUUUAUUUUUGAUUAUGGGUAAUUACCACAUUGGUCUUUUUUUCCACCCUCACAGCUAUCAUUCACAUGACAUUUUAAACCUGUGUUAAGGUUAACAGUUUAGUCUUCCUCCCAGCACACAGCAACCCCAAUAUAAAGCCUUAUCAAGAGGAAGCUUAUUUUCCAAUACAGUUAAACCCAUCAGCACAUUCAGUGUACAGCCCACACACCUGGCGUUAGAACAGUUAUUGCACAAAGCAGAGAAUGUCAGAAAAGGUUUCAGUUUUCUGCAGAUCUCAAUAUACAUGAUGAAGGAUGAAGGCCCAAUCAGCUCCUGGCUUCGUGGCAGCUUAGCUCCAAACAUGGUCCAAAGAGAUGGAUUGCACAGGUGAUGGGAGAGAGACUGCACUUGACAUCAAGGUCCCACCCCUCAGUACCAGUGAGACAGGACUUGGAACAACCCUGAUUCAGCAAGGACAGUGGGUUACAUUUGGUUCCAGAACAUUAACAGAAAUGGAACACAUUACGCUCGAAUGGACAAAGAAUGCCUGGCCAUUGUCUUUGCUUGUGAACAUUUUCAUCAAUAACUACUUCCAAGAGACAAAAUCACAUUUAGGGCUGACCACAAACCACUUCAAAGUAAUUUUCCACAAACUGCCACUGUCUGCUCCAAAGAAUGUCGCUCACAAUACAGAGGUAGCAUUUGCACAUGCUAGGCAGGUGACUGAAGCAGAUGUAAAUUGCAGACAUGCUGUUGACAGCAGCUUCCCAGUGAAGACAAUACAGGAUACUGGAAUCAUAAAUUGCAACAUCCACAGAAACAGUUUCUUUGAUGUAAGUCAUCCACACUGACCAGACAUUCCAAUCUGACCUCGUCCCAUUUGCCAGCAUUUGGCAUAUCCCUCUAAACCCUUCCUACUCAUAUACCCACCCAUAUGCCUUUUAAAUGUUGUAAUUGCACCAGCCUCCACCACUUCCUUUGGCAUCUCAUUCCAGACAUGCUCCACCCUCAACGUGAAAAGGUUACCCCUCAGGGCCUUUUUAAGUCUUUCCCCUCACCUUACAACAUAUUGAUAUAAACUGUAAUCUAUUGUCACUGACGGACACAAUUUUUAAAAUAAACCCUUCCACUGAUAAUUUUGUAUUUUUAAGGUUCAUGUUGUGCUAAAGCUGACACACUCACCUCUACGACCAUAUUUCUCACUUACCCUCUGCCAGUUCCCCCAUGGGUCCCAGCUGCUGAGAUACUAUAAGACAGGAGGACCAGUGAUUGCAAGGAUGACUGUAACAACAUAUGCUCAAGAUCCAAGAUUCCUUUGUUCUGAAUCAAUCCUUCCUUUUUCAACAUGUUAAACAAAAGGCAAGUUUAUUUUAAGUCAAGCUCAUGUUCUGCAGCUCUUUUAUGG